AAUAAGUUUUCUCUGACUUAUCAAUUGUGUUCUUAUAUUUCCUGUAUUGAACACGUUUAAAUAUUAAGAAGUGAAUGAAAUGCCACCCAAAAAGGCACCUGCUCCCAGUAAAAAAGCGGAUCAGAAGAAAAAAGAGAAAGUUAUCGAGGAUAAAACUUUUGGUAUAAAAAAUAAGAAAGGUGCUAAACAACAAAAAUUUAUUCAGCAAGUAGAGAAGCAGGUAAAAUCAGGUGGCGUUAAUCCACGAAAAGUAGAGGAUCCUAAUGUUAAAAAGCUUGAGAAAGAAAAAAAAAUGAAGGAACAAAAAGAAUUAGCUCUGAUAUUUAAACCUGUGCAAACACAAAAAAUAGAUAAAGGAACUGAUCCUAAAUCAGUAGUAUGUGCAUUUUUCAAACAAGGACAAUGUACAAAAGGGGACAAAUGCAAGUUUUCUCACGAUUUAAGUGUAGAAAGAAAGGCAGAGAAACGUUCAUUAUACUGUGAUAUGAGAGAUGAUGAUGAUAAAGAAACAGAUACUAUGGAUAAAUGGGAUGAAGAUAAGUUGAAAGAAGUUGUAGAGAAAAAACAUGGCAUCAGUGGAAAUCGUCCAACGACUGAUAUUAUUUGUAAACAUUUUCUGGAAGCAGUGGAGAAGUCCAAGUAUGGAUGGUUUUGGGAAUGUCCGUCGGGACAAAAAUGUAUCUAUAGGCAUGCAUUACCUCCUGGUUUUGUACUCAAAAAGGAUAAGAAAAAAGAGGAUAAAAAAGACGAAAUUUCUUUAGAAGAUUUAAUUGAAACAGAACGAGCCAAUUUAGGACCAAACCAAACUAAAAUAACGCUGGAGACAUUUUUGGCAUGGAAGAAAAGAAAACUAAAGGAAAAGAAAGAGCAAGCUAUUAAAGAAGAAGAAAGAAGACGAAAUGAUUAUAAAGCUGGACGCCAAGUUGGAAUAUCUGGCAGAGAAAUGUUUUACUUCAAUCCUGAACUGGCAAUGGGAGAUGGUAUUGACGAUGGAGAUGAAGCAAUAUCUAGUUAUGUCCGUGAAGAUGAAGAAGAAGAGGAUGAAGAAAGGUUUGAAUACAGAGAGCUUGACAUGGAUAGGCUUGCUCUUGAAGCUAGUGAAAUUGAUACUACUGGAAUAACUGUGGCUAGUACAGAUAGAUUAAAAAGUAAUGAAAUUAAAGACAAUGAGAAUGCUACUGUUACUUUAGAUGAUGGUGCAGCUGCAUUAGCAAUUAACGAAAAUCUAUUUAUGGAAGAAGAUUUGGAAGGUUUAGAAGAAGAAUUAGAAAAUUUGGAUUUAGAAGAGUGAUCCAAAUAUUUUGUUCAGAUUCUUCCCUUUACUGUGUGUCUUCAUUUACCUGUACUCCUACAAUAUAUAAUAUAUUGUCAGCAUAUUAUUCACGUAUUCACUGCUAGUUUUAAGUGGGCUGCCUUGUACAUUGUUAUUUACAUUUUAUUUGCAAGCAAUAUAUUUACUUAUUAUGUAUAUGUGAAGAGCUGGUC